CGCCCGCUGGGGAAAUGGAUGCUCUGCGGGUCCGCGGGCGCCGGGGGCGGGGAAAGCACUCGCCCCGCUGCGCGCUGGCCCCGCCCGGGCCCCGGCCUGAGCGCGGGGCCGCCCCCUUCCUCUCUCACUGGCGCUGGGCUGAGCCGGGAGCCGAGAAACGGAGCGGGUCCUGAGCUCCCUGUUUGGUUUUUGGGUGGCGGCAGUCUGAGGAGGAACAUGGCGCUCGUAGGCAACGGAGCCGACCUGGAGGCGGACGAGGACAUCUUUGAAGAUGCAAUGGAAACCAUCUCUAUGUUUUCUCGCACAGAUAUGGCAACAAGCAGCCGUCCCUUUGCAUCACUUGAUACAAAACUGGCCUCUGGACGGCUCGGAUCAUCUAAUGUGAGCAGGUCAACAUCAAACAAGGUGGAUCUCAAGUGUGGCCUAGAAGAAUGUGAAGUGGCAUUGAACUUAUUUCUAAGUAACAAAUUUACAGAUGCCUUAGAAUUGCUUCGACCAUGGGCUAAGGAGAGUAUGUACCAUGCUUUGGGCUACAGUACUAUUGUGGUGCUGCAGGCGGUCAUGACCUUUGAGCAACAGGACAUCCAGAACGGCAUCUCUGCCAUGAAGGACGCAUUACAAACCUGCCAAAAAUACAGGAAAAAAUGCACAGUUGUAGAAUCUUUCUCAAGUCUUCUUUCUAGAGGAUCAUUGGAGCAGCUGACUGAAGAGGAAAUGCAUGCCGAAAUCUGUUAUGCCGAGUGUCUCCUACAGAAAGCAGCACUCACGUUUGUGCAGGAUGAAAAUAUGAUCAACUUCAUCAAAGGUGGACUCAAAAUUAGGACAAGCUACCAAAUAUACAAAGAAUGUCUUUCUAUCCUGCAUGUAAUUCAGAAGAAUAAAGAUGAACAACAGUUCUUCUAUGAAUUUGAAGGGGGUGUCAAGCUUGGAAUAGGUGCCUUUAAUUUGAUGCUCUCCCUUUUACCAGCCCGGAUUAUCAGACUGCUAGAAUUUAUAGGAUUUUCGGGAAACAGGGAGUUGGGCCUCCUGCAGCUACAGGAAGGUGCAUCAGGAAGAAGCAUGAGAUCUCCACUAUGCUGCCUAACUAUACUAGCUUUUCAUACUUACAUCUCCCUCAUACUUGGUACAGGAGAAGUGAAUGUUGUGGAAGCAGAGAAUCUCCUCGCGCCCUUCCUCCAGCAGUUUCCAAAUGGCUCCCUCAUGUUGUUUUAUCAUGCCCGGAUAGAGCUGCUGAAAGGGAAUGUGGAGGAGGCACAAGAGAUAUUUCGAAAGUGCAUUUCAGUUCAAGAAGAAUGGAAACAAUUUCACCAUCUCUGUUACUGGGAGCUGAUGUGGAUAUAUGUAUUCCAACAAAACUGGAUGGAGGCAUAUUAUUAUUCUGAUCUGCUUUGCAAAGAAAGUAAAUGGUCCAAGGCAACGUAUGUGUUCUUGAAAGCUGCAAUUUUGAGUAUGCUUCCAGAGGAGGCUGUCAUAGCAACGAAAGAGGAUAUAGUGACUUUAUUCAGACAGGUGGAUAGCUUGAAGCAGAGAAUUGCAGGGAAAUCUAUCCCUACUGAGAAGUUUGCUGUCAGAAAGUCUCGUCGUUACUCUGCCUCGUUGCCUGCACCUGUGAAGCUCAUCGUGCCUGCCCUGGAAAUGAUGUAUGUCUGGAACGGUUUUCCAAUAGUGAGCAAAAGAAAAGACCUUUCCGAAAAUCUGUUGGUCACUGUCGAAAAGGCUGAGGCUACUUUACAAAAUGAAAACAUGAGCGACUACUCUGUGGAUGACGAGUGUCUGGUAAAGCUGCUGAAAGGGUGUUGCCUGAAGAACCUGCAGCGGCCCUUGCAAGCCGAGCUGUGCUUCAAUCAUGUCAUCCAAAGUGAAAAGCUACUGAAGUAUGACCACUACCUAGUGCCAUUUACUCUGUUUGAGUUGGCCUUUUUGUACAAAAGCCAAGGGGAAAUUGACAAGGCCAUAAAGACCCUAGAAACUGCAAGAAACAACUACAAAGAUUACUCCAUGGAGUCCAGGCUACACUUCCGAAUUCAGGCAGCGCUUCACCUCUGGAAAAAAACUUCCUCUGAUUGAUCAGAACAUGAAGGAUGGAAUUUUCCCUAAAUUAGCAACAACAUUUGCUAUAGAUUAGACCUUGUAUUAAAGUGGAAACUGGUCUUGUGAAUGAGAGACAAAAAACUAAUUUUAUUGUCAAUGUUUUUUAUCUCUGUGUGGUUUAUUGUUGGUCUGUGUAAAUGUUUUUUUUUUCUUGUGAAACAAUGUUCAAUGUUCAGUACUAUCUAGAAAAUUCUUAUAUUUUGCCUCUCCAAAAAGAAUUUCAUAUUAGAUUUGAAUUGGAGAGUGAAGAAGUCUUUUAAAGGACUCACAGGUACAACAAAGUCUGAUUAGAUUAUUUAUUUUUUUAAUGUGGAAAUUAAUGUUUAAGUAACAAAUGGCUGAUAAAUUGAGCCACUUUUAGAUUUGUUGGUUAGAGAUAUUUUGUUGUCUACUAUUUAAAUUUAAGAGGGGGAAUAAAAAUCACGUACAUUCAAAAUAGAUUAACAAUAACUUGAAGUCUCCUGAAAGAGACAGGCAGUGGGUGUGAAUAGGGACAGGAUGAUGUCCUUAACAGGUUGAAGAGAAUCGUAUCUACAAAGAUGGUGAAAUUUUAGGUUUUGGGUUUUUUUUUAAUUCUUCAUGUAAGUUAAAGGUGGUGACAUUUUUGAGCAACUAGACUUUUUUUGAAUGUACUGAAGUCUAUUAUAAAAACAAAACUCAAAAAACUGUCUAAAGGGAAGAAAAAGUCCUAUUUUAGAAAUUAUCCUCAACCUUAGCCAUGAGAGUCUAAAAUACCUACGUUGAUUAUUUUUUUUAUAGGAAGCAAAAUUCCUGCUGCUUUAAAUAUGUAAAAUAUCAAUGAUUUUUAUGCUCUUGAUGUUGAUGAGUAAGAUCUAAUUUUCUAAUCUCUCUAUCUAGCACUGUGAUGGUUCCUUGUAGAUAUCUGGACCAUGCUUCGUCCUUUAUCUGGGAAACCCAAUCAGGGAAGAAUGUGGGGAGAGCCUGGCUCUGCUACUUCAUAGCAGUUACUGGGGUGACCUUUAGAGAGCCCCCUGCUCUUUGCAACAGCAUAUUGUCCUCAUCUGUGAAAUGGAAAAAGAACAGAGACUUUUCAAGGUCUCUUUCAGUUUUGUAACUGUGAGUCUGUGUAUUAGGCAUUUUCAGCAAAAGUGUCAAACUGUUUAACCCAAACUGGUACCACAAAGUGCAUGUCUUAUUCUACAAUCUUGUCUACUCCCAGUCCUCCCGUGUGUUGGAGUUAAUGACAGGAUUGCAUCCAGGGUGAGGAAAAAUAAUUCAUGGAUCUAUAAAUCAGGGUGUGGUCCUAUUUCAUUCCAUUUUGAAGAGUAACUUAUCAUGGAAACUUAUGCAGUUUAACAGAACAGCCCCAGAUUGGGAGUCUGGAGCCCACCUCUGCUAGUCAGCAGUUCCUUGAUGUGGUGUAAGUUCCUUCAUUAUUUCUGUGACUCCAUUCCCCUCCAACUGCCCCCCAGGGUGGGGGGUAGGGGAGGAGACAACACACCACUUGGUGCUCGUGACAGAUCAGUUAAAUAAUCCCUGUGAUAGCUUUUGGUAAACUGUAAAAGGCUAUGUGAAUAUAUGAGUGCUGUAAUAAUUAUGGUUUUUAUGUGCUGAUUACAAUACCAAUACAAAAUUAUUGGCUGAGUUGUGGUCUCUGAUGUAAAAUGACAGAAGUGCAGAAAUUCCAACACUUCUAAACUUAUUCUUGUGUUUGGCACUGACAAUAACCCAGAUUAUGAAUUUGCUCCUUACUGUUCAUUCCCUGCUUUGCGAGUCUGUACCUGGCAGAAGAUAUUUUGGUCUUGUUUUCUUUAAGGUACUAAUUCUUGACCAAUACUGAGGAUAUGUUUCCAGUGGGAGAUGAUUAAUACAACUUGAGUCAGAGAACUAGCCCUUCAGACAGCAUGGGGGAGCUCUCACUAUGUGCUAAUCAUAUGAAUUACAUAGCUUUACUUUAGGUUCAGACAAGAGGAAAUAAAAUGAACUGUUAUUAAAUCACCAGUGGAAAUAUGUUUGAUAAUUAUUUUGUAUACAACUUGAAAAAUAGUUUUUAAAUGCCUUAGAAGAGCUUUGGUAGCAUUACUUUUUCAAAAUAUAAAGACCCAUAUUGUUUUUGUGAGAGGCUGCAGGUCAGAGCGAAAGUCAGUCAAAACUUCUCUUUCUGGUAUAAUUUGAAAACAAUAUGAGGUAUAGUGGUUAUUUUUUUUUUAUUUUAUUUUAACUCUGUGUUAACAAACAAAUAUAAAAGAAAUUCCUAUGUC